UGUGUUCACACUGAGGACAGGAAGACGACACCGGAAACUUAUGUGCUGACAAUCUAGACAGUAGUAGCUUACAAGUUAUUCAACAAUCUCGACGAGAUGUUUGCAGCUGUGCUGUUUAUAACAGAGAUUUACACAGCAUUGGGAUUCAAUAUAUACACUGAGCCAGUGGGCAAUUUUACAAACGAUGACCCGCUGUUUGGCCAAACCAUUAUUCAGUCACAGGAUGGACUUUACGUUCCUUCUCCAACCUCUGGAGACGUUUUCAGAUGCAAAGAGAAUAUAUGUACCAGUAUGAAUAUUAAUGACGUAACAAAAGGCUUGACUCCAAUUGCAUCUGUAGCAUCCAGGUUGAAGGAUGAUGAGGAGCACUUUCUGGUUUGUAAGCAAGUUCAGACAAGGAAUUCAUCGACUGAGUAUUUCAACGGAAACUGUACAUUUAUAUCUGAUGAUCAUAAAAAGAGCAAAAUCUAUCCUGUUAAUUUGGUUUUAGAGCUGCAGAAUCCAAAUGCUACCAACAACAACAACAACAACAACAACAAUAACAACAGAUAUCAAGCCAGUCGAAUGUCUCAAGACAAGUCGAGGAAGAGAAGAGCUGAAGAGGAUGACACAAUUGCUGAAGAUGCAGGGACGGAGAUCGCUUUUGUGCUUGACGGCUCUGGUAGCAUUGACAAGGAGGAUUUUGUAAGGGCAAAAGACUUUAUAAGUAACGUGAUGAAAAAUGUUUGGACAACAUGUUUCAGUUGCAACUUUGCAAUAGUGCAGUUUGGGAGAGACAUAAGAACAGAACUCUCUCUACAAGAAAAUAAUGACAGUAACAGUGCCUUGGAUAAGGUGAAGAAAAUAAAACAGAUUAAUGCAAUCACCAAGACUGCCUCAGCCCUCUACCAUGUUCUCACAGACAUUUUUGUUCCUCAAAAUGGAUCAAAAAAGAAUGCAAAAAAAAUGAUUAUCCUACUGUCUGAUGGAGAAAUGUCAGGAGAUACAAGAAACCUCAGCGAUGUUUUGAACAUGCCACAGAUGAAUGGGAUUACUCGCUAUGCCAUAGGAGUGGGGUCAGAGGUCCUGAAUAAAUCAAAAGCAAUAAAAGAAAUGAUAGAAAUUGCUGGCAGCAGUGAAAGAUUUUUCAGAGUUUCUAAUUAUGCAGCCUUGGAAAAAAUUCUGUCUUCUUUGGAAAACAGCAUAAUUGCAAUUGAAGGCUUACAAAAGGGAGCAGGUUUUGAAUUUCAGCUUGCAGAGGCUGGAUUUAGCUCUCACAUUACGCGUGAUGGUUCAAUCCUUUUUGGUGCGGUGGGGGCCUAUGACUGGAGUGGAGGGAUCAUUUUAACAAAAAAUAACAAGGAACCUUUGACAUUUUUUAAUGCAUCCAAGGAAGAACCCAGAUUUUCCUAUUUAGGUUACAGUGUGACAUCAGCAAAUACAGACUCAAAAACACUGUAUAUAUCUGGGGCUCCCAGGUACAACUUGACUGGUGCAGUGUUUAUUUUUAAUGGGAACAAUCAAGACAUACUACAAGGAGAUCAGGUAGGGUCUUACUUUGGAUCAGUUCUCUGUGUCUUGGACGUCAAUCAUACAGAUUAUCUUCUGGUUGGAGCUCCACAUUUCCACGUAAAAGGGGAAGAGGGCAAAGUGCUGAUUUACAAACUGAAUAAAGGGAAAUUUGAGAAAGAAGCAUCUGAAUUGCGAGGACUAGAAAAUUACGUACGUGCAAGGUUUGGCUCUGCCAUUGCUGAUAUUGGAGACAUUGAUGGGAACUUAAUCAGAGAUGUGGCAGUGGGAGCUCCACUUGAAGAAAAUGAUGCAGGAUGUGUCUACAUAUUUAACGGAUUCGAACACGGGAUAAACAAACAGUUUUCACAGAGAAUCACACCCUCAGACUUCGGUUUUAAACUUGUGCACUUUGGCCAGGCAGUGAGUGUCAUGCCUUCAGCGGAAAACAAACAACCAGUUAUCAGUGUUGGGAGUGAAGGUGUCAUAACUUUCUUUAAGACAAUCCCUGUUAUAAUUAUUAAGCCGGCAAUAAAGGUUGACCAUAAAAUAAUUCCCCUUGAUAAGCAGAACACUGAAGACUCAAGCAAAUUUAUACUUAAGCUUACGAUUUGCUUCAAUACACCAAGAGGAGACAUUAAGUCUGGUGAGCUACCAAUAGAGUACAAGGUUGAUUUGGACUCAGGUAAAGAACAAAAGAGACUGGAGUAUAGCAUGCCUCAAGGAGGGAAAAUGAGCUUUAUUCUAAAAAACACCCAAACCUGCAUUGAAGAGAGAGAUCUGAAAUAUUUGGGCUGCUCUGAUUGUUACUCACCUAUCAAGAUCAGGGUGAAUUUUGCAUUAAUUCCAUCCAGCACUACACCUAUACGAGUUCUUGAUGCAUUUUCCCCAACAGAGGCCACAGAAGAGAUUGUGUUUGAAAGAGAUUGCAGGGAUCAGCAAUGUAAGGCUGAAAUUUCAUUGAACACCUCAAAACUCAGCCAUGACAUUGUAGUAAUUGGCUCCAGUCAAACUUUGGAUGUAAAGUUUAAUCUGAUGAACUCUGGAGACAAUUCCUAUAUGACCACUCUGACUCUCACGUAUCCUGAAAUGCUAUCUUUUAAGAAAUCUGAAGGUGGAACAUGUGAGGAUAAAAAUGACAUUCAUCAAAUAGUGUGUAAACUUUUGCACCCCAUAUUCAGAUGGAAUGAACAGACCAGUGUUACCAUCAGUUGGCAGCCGAUCAACAGAAAGACAAACGGCACAGAUUCAAUUACUGCUCACUUAACAGGUGGAAAUAACGGCAGUGAGGUACUCGAUUAUAAGACGUAUAGUUUCACAGUGAAGAAAGCCCUUGACGUUCAGUUUAUCGGCACAGUCAUGCCAAACAGACUAAAUAUUACAGAGGAAGAAGAAAGCAGUACACAAUUGCUAAAUUUCAAUUUUAAGCUGCAAGGACAAAACACAUAUAAUGCCAAAAUAACUGUGAAAAUUACAAUUGAAAAUCACACAAGCAAAUCACAAAUCAUCAUCAAGAGUAUUCAACCAAAGAACUGUACAUGGCCCUCUGGUGGAAAAAAUAUGAAAACCUACCAGGUGUUAUGUACUAUGACAAAGUUGCAUGAAAUUAACAUUAUGGCCGAAACGCAUAUCCGAGACAUUGAGGGUACAUCUGAAAGGAUCAUUGCCAAAGGAAAAAUGACAUUUAAUGAGAGCAUUUAUGAUGGAACAAACAUUCGAACAAGACAUCAACAGGUAGACGUUUUACUUGUUAAGCUGACUGUGGUGAAGUCAACUGCUCUUAUUGUAGGCAGCUCCAUUGGAGGGUUUGUCCUUCUUAUCUUCAUUAUCAUUAUUCUCUUCAAGUGUGGAUUUUUCCGCCGACGCCAUAAGAUUGAUCGCAAACAGAGUACAAACUGAAGACAUGCACAACACUGACCUGAUAAUUACUUACCGUUGUCUUUAUUAGAUGUCUGCACAAAUGUUUUAUUAUUAUUAUUAUUAUUAUUAUUAUUAUUAUUAAUGUUAUUAUUACAGUUAAAAUUGUAAACGGUUUUUGUAAUGCUGUGUAUAUAGCGGUUGACUAAAAAAAAUUAAGUUAAAAUUCUGUUACAUUUACAGAAAUGCAGAAACGAAUAACAGAGCCUGUGUUUAGCACAUAAAUAAGAAAUAUUUAUAUACACUGAAAAAAAAUGCCCUUGGCUUAUUGCUUAACUCUGUGUUUUUUUAUACAUAUUUACCAUUAUUUGUUUGUUUUUUCAUUUAGAAUGUGAUUGCCUAACUGAAAUAAUGAGUAUAUCUAUGAUUUACUGGGGAAAUAAAUAAGGAUUAAUUGUGA